ACUGAACGCGUCAUUCACACAUGCGGAAGUGAAAGUGCAGAAUGCGUUUAUAUUUUCUUCCUCAGUUGGUGAUUAACUCGUAAAACAGCAUAUAAAGAGACUUUCUGAACAGCAUCGCCAAUAUGUCUGUCGCAAGUGCGAAACAAACAGUAAUGAAUCCAACGAUUCCUUAUGCUGGUACCAUCCUGGGCGGACUUCAGCCCGGAGAGAUGGUGCUCAUUCAGGGCAGUGUACCCAGUGAUUCCGACAGAUUUCAGGUUGACCUGACCUGCGGGAGCAGCGUGAAGCCACGGGCAGAUGUGGCUUUUCAUUUUAAUCCUCGCUUCAAGCGCUCUCCCUACAUCGUCUGUAACACGCUGCAGAAGGAGUGCUGGGGGAAAGAGGAGAUCCACUACCUGAUGCCCUUCAGGCACGGCACUGCCUUUGAGAUCAUCAUACUCGUACAGAAAGAUUUGUUCAAGGUGGCGGUAAAUGGCUCUCAUCUGCUGGAGUACAGGCACAGGUUAGAGCUCAAGAAGGUGGACACAGUGGCCAUAUCAGGGAAGGUUCAAAUUCAGGCCAUUGGGUUUAUUCCCAGUUCAGCGAGUAAGAACCCCAUCACACCUCCAAACGCAGUUGUGAGCAAAAGAUCACAGCCUUAUUCAGUCAUGUCGGAGUCAGGUGACACGAGUCUUCCAUUUAAGAGCAAACUUGCGAAAGGAUUGAGACCAGGAGAUUCCAUUAUGGUGAAGGGGCAGAUCACUGAUUCCCCUCAGAGCUUCACAGUAAACUUGCGCAUCAGUAACUCAGAGGACAUUGCUUUUCAUUUAAACUCCCGUUUCAAAACUGGAUCCUUUGUUCGAAACUCUUUCCUGUCGGGUUGUUGGGGGUUCGAGGAGUGCUCCCUCCCCAGCUUUCCCUUCUCACCUGGUCAAUACUUUGAGAUGAUCAUCCUGUGUGAAGCUCAGGAGUUUAAAGUGGCAGUUAACGGGUUCCACCAGCUGAGUUACAAGCACCGUGUGCAGGAUCUGAGUUGUGUGGAUGUGCUAGAGAUUGUGGGAGAUCUAGACCUUAAGGAUGUCAAGAUGUGGUGAGCAGCUCCAGCCCUGAAGUCCAUUCCCAUGUUUUCUCCAACCAAGUAUAUUUAAACAACCUUUGACUCCUGUGGCUAUGCUAAUCUCAACUAUUUUAACUAACUUGUUCAAGUCAUAAUAUGAAUUUGGACUAGUAUGCUAGACCUGGUGUUUGGUCUGUUUACUUUUUUAUGUCACUAUCAGUGGCUGGUUCGUUCUGUCUGGAAAUUCUACUCCUCAACCACUUUAUCUAACUAUUAGCACAUUUAAACUAGGACUGCACGAUAUAUCAUUUUAGCAUUGAUAUUGCGAUGUGCGCAUCCACAAUAGUCACCGGGUUCAUAGUUGAUCCGCUCAGAUCAGGCACCAUAUGCCUCAAAACGCACGUGAUUCUCUGAUUAAUUGCAAAGUUUAACCAUCAUAUAGCGAAAGUUUAUCAUUUGCAUAUGUUCGAGGUCCUGUCAUUUUAAACAUUCAAGCGAUUUUAAACCAAUUAUGCGAAAGAGAACUUUCGCAACAAAAUGCGAAAGAGAACUUGUGCGCUGUUUUCUGUGCGUGCACAGAGCCGUACAGACAGGCACGCAAACACUGAAUUCCAUUCUCUUCUGCGUCUAUUUGUGUUUGAACAAACACAUACACGCAAACUUAUGUCAAAAUGCCUGCCUAUGUGAGAAUCUUUCUAUAUUGUAUUUAUCUAUGAUUGUAAUUUAUUUAUUUUUUUCCAUGCAGAUUCACUCCCCUACAAAAUCACCACAAUCAUUGUAGAACGAUUCAUUUGUCCUAAUUUAAACCAUACCUUGUUGUUUAUUUUUUAUUUGGUUAUUUUUUUCCCCAAUAUGUCCUGAAUUUUGAUAAAGUGUGAUCUGAAUGACAAGUUCCUGUGCAAAGGCAGGCAGAUUGAGAUAAACCCCAUUUGUUGAUUAUUAGGUGAGGAGAUCUGGAGAUGAUCUGAACUUGAACCAGGAUGAGGUGAAGUUGGCUCCAUGACUUCUUGAAUUCAAUAUUAAAAUUAAACAUGGUUGCAGUGGGUCAAAAAAGAGUGAAGACCCUGGAAAUAACAGAUGGAUGGGAAAAAAACUGCCAUCUGGCAGGACGUUAAGGGUUAUGCGACAGUAAUUGUACUGUCUGUCCAGCCAUUUGUUUCAGAAUCAUUCCAAGUUAAUUCCAGGCAUUUGCAAUUACAGAUUGCAGCUUUAAAUUUUACACUGUUAGGGCAGAAACGGGGCAGAUCUAACCAUAAACCUUUUCAAUAAUGAGUAUAAUAAAUGAAGUUGAGGUUCUUAAAACAUUUAAUUUUCCUUUCUGCAGACGGUGUAAUUUUACAUCAGACAAGCAGAUGAUUAGCUAAUGAAUCCUGCACUAAUGCAUCUGACAUGGCAUAAUAGCUUUAUGGGAAUAUCAAAUCAAUAAUCACACUCGCCAUUAAGUUCCAGGAACUAAUAAAAAUAAGUAAAUCUUUUCUCUCUUUUUUUUUUUUUUUUGGUUUAUAGUUUUGCAGAACUAUGCAAUUUUCCAACUGCCUAGAAUUGCUUUUUGCUACUACUAGUUUUAAGAAAUGUGUGGUAAUUUGUGAUAUGUUAUAAAAUAUAUAAAUAUAAUUUGUUUUUUUCCCCUUUGAGAUCUAUUGAUCAAUGUAUUAGAAAUAAGCAAUAUUAUAAAAAAUAAUAAUAUAAUAAAAACAUAAUAUAUACAUUUUACAAUG